GGGCCAGGGAGGGGCGAUAGCUCCGCAGCUGCGGUUGCGGCGCGGAGCGGCGGGGCCAUGGAGAGCGGCGGGGGGCUGAACGGCUCCGCCGCUACCACCACCACCGGGCGCUUCGCCGCCGGCGGCACAGCUGCUCUGGCCGCGCUGAUGGCCCUGCUGAUCGCCGUCACCGUCGCCGGUAACGCGCUGGUGAUGCUUGCCUUCGUAGCGGACUCCAGCCUGCGCACCCAGAACAACUUCUUCCUCCUCAACCUGGCCAUCUCGGAUUUCCUAGUAGGUGCCUUCUGCAUUCCCUUGUAUGUGCCAUAUGUGCUGACGGGGAGAUGGAUCUUCGGGAGAAGCCUCUGCAAACUCUGGCUGGUAGUUGAUUACCUGCUCUGCACCUCUUCAGUCUUCAACAUUGUAUUGAUUAGCUAUGACAGAUUCCUCUCAGUGACAAGAGCGGUCGCCUACAGAGCCCAGCAAGGCAACACCAGGCGAGCAGUGCUGAAGAUGGUGAUGGUGUGGGUCCUGGCGUUCCUACUCUACGGGCCUGCCAUUAUCAGCUGGGAGUACAUAUCAGGCCAGAGCAUCAUACCUGCUGGGGAAUGCUAUGUUGAAUUUUUCUACAACUGGUAUUUCCUCAUGACAGCCUCCACACUGGAGUUUUUCACCCCUUUCAUCAGCGUGAUGUUUUUCAACCUGAGCAUUUACCUGAACAUACAGAAGCGCACCAAAAUGCGCCUGGAUAUCUUGCACGAAGUGCACAACCAGUCCUUCACUGAAGAGAUGGAAACAAGUCCAGAAGCAAAGCUCUCUUUGAAAUGCUGUAAGUGGGAGCAGAAGGAGCCAGCUGAAACCCUCGACCCCUCCAAGAGCAAAGCUCAAGCAGCAGUCUCCACGGCCAGUCUGGAUGCCAAAGACCUGCUGUCAACAAACUCUGAGAGCUCUGGGAAAUCCAAAUGUUGCAACAAAAAGAGCUGUAAGAAUUCAGCAUCCACUCUGUCCUUAGAGAAGAGGGUGAAGAUAGCAUCCCAGAGCAUGACUCAACGCUUCAGGCUCUCUAGAGACAAGAAAGUGGCUAAAUCCCUGGCAGUCAUUGUAGGUAUUUUUGGGAUUUGUUGGGCACCAUACACUCUCCUGAUGAUCAUCCGUGCUGGCUGCCACGGCCACUGCAUCUCUGACUUGUGGUAUGAGACCUCCUUUUGGCUGCUGUGGAUCAACUCAGCUGUCAAUCCUGUCCUGUAUCCUCUCUGCCACAACAGCUUCAGAAGAGCUUUUAUUAAACUCCUCUGUCCCAAGAAGCUAAAGGUUGAACCCCAUGAUCCCCUGCAGAAGUGCCAGAAGUGA